AUGGACCCGCUGCCGGCUUGGCAGGCGAUUUUCUGGGCGAUCCAUCAGGGGGACCUGCCCGCUCUCGCGGGCCUCCUGAACAACGGCGCAGACCCGGACGCCCGAGAUCCCCACGGCAACACCCCCCUAAUCAAGGCCGCCCGCGCCGGCCUCCAUUCUGCCGUCGGCCUUUUGUGCGGCCGCGGGGCAGACACCAACGCCCAGAACAACGCCGGGCUCGCGGCCCUGCACGAGGCCUCAAGAAACGGCCACGGGGAGGCCAUCCGGGCGCUGCUGGGCCAGGGGGCCCAGGCGGACGCGCGGAGCGGGGCGGGGGAGACGCCGCUGGGCCUGGCGGUGGGAGGAGGCCACGCGGGCGCCGUGGCGGUGCUGCUGCAAGGAGGGGCGGACCCGGAGGCCCGCAUGCCCGACGACGGCUCCACGGCGCUGAUCCUAGCGACCAGGCUUGCCAGAGAUGACGUCAUCCGCGCCCUGCUGGCCGGGGCCGCUGACGUCACCGACCUGAGCGCCGCCGACCAGACCGAACUACAGGCCGCGAGCACCGGCACGCGAUCCCCUGCUGUGUUGGAGUUGCUGUCCGGGGCUGGGGCACAGAUUGAUUUGGGCAGCGCCGUGCUGAUGGGGAAGAGAGGGGGCGCGGAUGCAGUGACUCAAGGUGGGGCGGAGCAGCCGUGCGUGGAAGGGGCCAGAAAGGGUUCCUGGGCGGCGGGCGGAGUGAGGUGGCGGCUUUCUGUGCCAGGGCUGUGGGAGGGCCAGUGGCUGCGGGGGGCGGUGCUGUAG